AUGCCCGAAGUCUAUAGAGAGUCCCGCUAUGUGCGGGAGCGGGACGACCCCUCCUCUGACGACGAGCGGUACAGCACCGUCCGCCGCUACAAAGUAGGCCCCAACAAGGUGGAGAAAGUCGAGCGCAUCGAGCGCGAGCGCUACGACGACUACGACGACGACACUCGCUCGCGAUACUCGGCCGCCCGUCCCAGCGGCGGCCCGCGAGGCUCCCAAGGCGAUCUCCUCGAGGUCGAGCGGCGGGUCGAGCGGGAGCGGCAAUACCUGCCUGAGCGACCCCGCUCAGCCUUCGAGCCUGGCCCUCCCCGCAACAGCACCACCGUCGUCAAGCGAGAAGUCAUUGAGCGCGACCGUGAGCGGGACCGCGACCGAGACCGCGACUAUUACUAUGACGACCGCGACCGCGACCGCAGAGGCGGCACCGUGGUCGAGCGGGAGGUCAUCAAGCGGGACUCGUCCGACCCCUACGACGGCGAUCGGUCUCGCACCCUUGUGUCGCGGGAGGUCAUCGAGCGCAACCGCGGCGACGAAGACCGGUACCGAGACCCCCGAGACGACAGAGAUCGCUCGCGGACCGUCCUUUACGAGAGGACCAAGGAAGUCGAGCGCGACCGUGACCGUGAGCCACUGUCGGCCCGAGACUGGGACCGCCGGUCCAACGCCCCCUGGGAUCGGGAUGAGGAGGUGAGGUACGAAAAGGAUGUCCGAGUCGAGCGGCGUGUGGACGACCGCCGCGAUGAUCGUCGCGAGGACCCGUAUGGCGAAGUCGAGCACUAUCGCAAGGAGACCGAAUACUACGAGCCUGCGCCACCUCCGCAGCCUAUUGUGAUCCGGCAGCGAGCCCCUGAACAGAGAAUUAUCGUGCAGGAGGCCCCUGCACCACCACCAAUUGUUGUUCGCGAAGAAAAUCGUGAAGUAGUCCGCCGCGACCCCCGCGAGGAUGAGUACUAUUACAAGCGUCGCGAAGUCGGCCCCUAUAGGGGGGAGAGAGUCGAGGAGGAGUACGCUGUCGAGCGCUAUGAUCGCCGCGACCGCCGCCGUGAACGACGUCACAGCGACGGCGAGAUGUCUGAUGAUGACUACUAUCUGAAGCGUACUGUCAUCCGCAAGGACCGUAGCCGCAGCCCCGAUGAGCAUCGCAAACUACAUCUUGCUGAAGGUGCCCUGGCAGGAGCCGGUAUUGCCGCUCUUGCCGCCUCUCGCCGCAACGGCGAAGGUGAUUUCCAGGAGCAUCGGGGUCGCAAGGUGCUGGCUGGCGCCGCCCUUGGUGCUCUGGGCACAGAGGUCGUCAAGCGUGCCCGUAGCGCCUACCAGGACCGCUUUGGGGAGGACGAAGACCAUGUUUCCCCCGAGCGCCACUCCAAACUCAAGACCGGCCUGGGCAUUGCAGCUGCUGCUCUCGCCGUGGCUGGUGCUGCUAAGUACUACCAGUCGAACAAGGUCGAGAAGGAGGAGAUGUACCGUGGACGUAGCCGGCACCGUGGAGGGUACUCUUCCGAGGAGUACAGUGUAAGUCGUUCGCGAAGCCGAAAGCGCAGCCGAUCACGCGCCGGAAGCAUCGCCAAGGCCGGAGCGGCCACAGCUGCGGUGGCCGGACUGGUGCAGCACUUCCGCUCCAAGUCUCGUGGAGGCAGCAAGUCGCGGUCACGCAGCCGGCUGCGAACCGGCGCGGAGAUUGUGGCCGCCGGACUGGCUGGCGCCGCGGGUAAGAAGCUGUACGACCGGCACAAGGACAAGAAGGAGGACCAGCGCGAGCGCGAGCUCGAGGAAGAUGAGUACUACGACAGAGAGCGCCGGCGGUCGCGGUCGCGCAGCAGGUCCGUCGCGCGAGCCCCUUACCCAAAUCCCGGCACCGCUGAUCCUGAGCUAGGCUUGGUUGAGUACGGCGCUCAGCCCCUGUACACAGAGCCGCCGUACCCAGAGUACGCGUACGGAGCGGCGGGGGCUAGGGACGGGUACGAGUCCGCAGCCGAGGAGGGUCGGAGACACCGGAGGCAUAGGCAUCGGUCGAGCUCGCGAGAUAGGGUUUCUGUGUCGAGUGAUAAUGAUAGACAGGAAGCUAAGAAGAAGAGAAGUCGAAGUCGCCUCAGAGACCUGGCAACAGGCGCCGCGGCAGCUGGAGCUGCAGCCAUUGGGCUCAAGAAGUAUGGCGAGAGUAAGGAGAAAAAGGGGCGGGAGCGGGAGCGGGAGUCUAGGGAGAGGGACGAUAGAGAUCGUGAGCGCGACCGUGAUCGUGAACGUGAUCGAGAUCGAGAGCGGGACCGCGAACGCAGAGAUAGGGACCGUGAACGUAGACGCUAUGAGGAAGAGACAGCCGCCGAUUAUGACGAUGCCUACGAUGCUCAGCGACCGCCUUCUCCUCCUCAUGCGUCUGGCGGUGCCUACUAUCCCCCUCCCCCUGCUGCACCUGCGGCGCCCCCUGCUGCCGCUGCCCCUUAUGGUGCCGGAUUUACACAACAUCCUAACAUUGCAACUACCAAUCUGAACGAAGGAUAUCAACCAUAUCACCCUGCCGACUACACCGGCUACCCACCGCCGCCGCCCGGACCUCCACCGAGUCACCCGCAGACGCCUACGGGAUUUCCCCCGCCGCCAACCGGUGGGCAUGCUGCGGGCGAUAAUAUGGUGUAA